CCGCCCUGUCCUCCUGCAGAUGUGGCGGCUGGAGUUGCACAUGUCCCCGGGAAGCGGAUAGGAGGGAGAUGCUGGCCGGGCUGCUGGUGGCGGGGCUGUGGCUGCUACACACGGCGGGCGCCAAGACCGUGCAUGGCAGCUUCGACAGCGCCCUGGCCUGGCACGGCCGGGGACAGCACAUCUUCACCUUCUUGUUCCAUGGGGAGCAAGCUGUGUUGCGUGUUCGCAUUAGCAAUGUUGCGGCUGCAGUUGGAAAAGAUGCAGCCCUGUACUUGUAUCAAGAUGAGGAAUGGGUGAGGAUGCACGGGAGUAUGGAAGAGUACAGCUGUCCUGAGAGACUGGCUUUGGCACAAGUAACAAUUCCCUUGAACCAAACUGAAUAUAACUACACUCUGCCACAGAUCAUCUCUCCAGUUGCCUGGUAUGCAAUAUAUGUGGACAAAUACACCUGUCUGAUGAGCUAUGAGGAUCCCACUUCUGAUGAGAUCACUUUUCAAGUUACACUACUCAACCCUGAUGCUGCUGGCAAUCCUUUUGACCAUUUUGGAGCAGAUGAAUCAGGAUUACAUGAAUUCUUUUUCCUUCUGGUCCUUGUGUAUUUUGUGGUUGCCUGUAUAUACAUCCAGGCACUGUGGCAGACCAUUAAAAAGGGUGGUCCUAUGCACACAGUGCUAAAGGUUCUUUCAAAUGCGCUGGUUCUCCAGGUCAUAUCUGCAUUGGCCAACUAUCUGCAUUUCUCAUGGUACGCUAAAGAUGGUAAAGGAGCUCCAUUCAUUGGAAGUGUGGCAGAAUUAUGUGAUAUGGCCUCAGAAGUACAGAUGCUAUACUUGCUGCUAAGCCUGUGUAUGGGCUGGACUCUCAGUAGAAUGAAGAAAUCCCAGAGUAGACCCCUGCAGUGGGAUUCUACCCCCACAUCCACUGGAAUUGCUGUGGUUGCGGUCGUUGUUCAGGUUAUUCUGUUAGUAUGGGAGCAGUUUCAAGAUACCAACCACCACAGUUACCAUGCUCAUCAGAGUCUAGCAGGUUUACUUCUCAUUGCAAUGAAGGUUUGCCUGGCUAUAUCGCUGGCAUUUGGUUUGUACCACAUUAUCACUGUAGAGAGAAGCACCAUGAAGCGACAGUUCUACAUUACAUUUGCUAAGGGCUGUUUAUUGUGGUUUCUAUGCCACCCAUGUUUUGCAGCCAUAUCAUACUUGUUUAAAGAAUAUCAAAGAGAAAAGGUCAUCACUGUUGGCGUGAUCCUGUCUCAGUCACUCUCAAUGAUCAUCCUAUAUAGACUUUUCUUGUCGCACAGCCUUUACUGGGAAGUAUCCUCUCUUUCUUCAGUAACCCUUCCUCUUACUGUAUCAUCUGGACACAAAAGUCGCUACUACUACCCUUGA